GAGCCUCCCAGUCAUUGACGUCAGCCAAGCUCUCUUGUGGACGAGUCCCGCGGAAAAGCAUCCACUGCCUACCGUAAGCGCUCCGGAGAGGUCGACGAAGAAGACAAAAGAGGGAUGCGAACAAGAGAGAGACAGAAGCUCGGUGACUGAAGCAUUUUUUAAACCGGCGCAGCAUCACCUCAUCGUCAUCCUAUUUCUCCGGGAUCUGAUCAGAGAAGAGUACGGAUUAUAUUCAGCCACUGCAGACCGCUUUUCCAAAAGGUUUUACUGGUGCUACUGUUAAACCAGCCAUGACCCUGAACGCCUCAGAGCUGCCCUGGGAUGAGUCCUCGGGUCUGGAACCUUUCCUUCCGCUGGACCUGCAGGAAAGCUCCUCUCCACCUGAAGUCCCACCUCUCACCAUCUGGGGCGUGACCCUCUGUGUUUCAGGGACUCUCAUUGCCACUGAGAAUGCCAUUGUGGUAACCACUAUCUUGGUCACCCCGUCUCUCCGUGCCCCGGUCUUCCUGCUGCUGGCCAGCCUCGGCCUGGCCGACCUCCUGGCAGGCGUGGCACUCAUUCUACACUUCCUCUUCCGGUUCUGUGUGGAGCCCAGCGAUUGGUCCGAGCUGCUGACCUCAGGGCUGUUGGUGACCUCUCUGACUGCCUCCCUUUGCAGUCUCAUGGGCGUUGCCCUGGACAGAUACCUGUCUUUGAGCCACGCCCUCACCUAUGGCUCAAGCCAAUCGCGCCGCAGAGCCGCCACCCUCCUCCUGCUGGUCUGGUUGGGUGCAUGUGUCAUUGGCGCGGGACCUGCCAUGGGAUGGCACUGCCUUGAGGAGCCAAACUCCUGUUCUGUAGCACGACCUCUGACCCGAACCUAUCUUUCCCUAAUAUGUGGUGGCUUCCUUAUGGUUAUAAUUGUAACCCUGCAGCUGUAUGCACGGAUCUGCCGUGUUGCAAGGCGGCACGCCCACGCCAUUGCAACCCAGAGGCACUUUCUUCCCACCAACCAGCCGUAUCCAAGCAGACACAGCAGCGGAAAGGGUUUCUCUCGUCUGAUCCUGGUCCUCAGCGUGUUCGUGGGCUGCUGGAUGCCCUUUUCCCUCUGGGGGCUGCUUGGAGAUGCGUCCAGUCCUCCUCUGUACACCUAUGCCACUUUGGUGCCAGCAGCAGGCAGCUCCCUGCUCAACCCCAUCCUCUACAGCCUGAGAAACAAGGACAUCCGCAAGGUGCUGCUCCACGCCUGCUGCCCACACAGAUUCUCGCACAGCACGCACACUCACUACCCUGUCGAUGUGUAAGACCAAUCAAAGCAGAAGUCAAUCUAUGCCAGACAUAUCAUCAUGUAUGUGCCAAAACACUUAGAAUCUGCACUCAGUGUUGUACAUGUCCAAAGAGUGAAAAGCCCCCCCACGGAGGAAAACACUCCUACACACCCAAGCAGCAUUUUUCUGAGAUGAAUUCCUCCAAAUCAGAAUGUACUAAACUGUCCUGGCUGGCAGCCAGCUUGGGACUAAAUGUACUGUCCGGUGUAUACUCUGUGCCUCAGACGACUGUAGCUUCACUGGACCUCCAGAAAUAAACAAUCAAAGGAACGCUACAUGCUUGGAUUGAAUGAGUGUGAGCACUUUAAAAGGAGAGGAAACGCUGGGUUUUUAACACCUGACAGUGUGAAAACACGUGAUCCAAAGCCCAGUUUUAAUUACUUGAAAUGUGUGAGAAACAAGUGGGAAAAUAUUUUGCACAUGCUGAUAAAAGCACUUUGAGAUGUACUGACCAUAUGUUUUUUGUUGCACAACCUUUUAAAGAUGGAUGAAUAUUUUAUACUGAUGAAUAAUAAAUAAGUCUUUUUUUCUAUUGUA